CCGGAUCGGGGCGCAAAACCGCUCCACAUAGAAGGCUCCCUCCUUCCUCCUCCCUCCUCGUGUGGCGUCGCUUCCCCUAUCCCCGCUCUCUACUUUAUCCAGGGCCUUUCCCCUGCUUACCUCCACCCCACCAUCCCCCGCCGCCGCCGCCGCCGCCCCAGAUUCCUCUCGGCGGAGACCUCAGCCUCAGCCCUCAGGGGCGCGGCCGGUUUAGGGUUUCCCCCCGCCGCAGAACUGGGUGCCGAGGCUCCCGCGCCGCCGCCGCUGCCGCCGCCACCGACGACGAGGGAGGAGGAGAGGCUUAGCCCUCUCCCGCAGCGACCGCGAGGUGCAGCCUGUUUUUCAUUGACAUGGGACAUACAUUAGUGUAGAGGCAAUAUUAGAGUCAUAUAUUGGUAAAAAGAUUUACAACCUCCAUUUUAUGAUCAGAUGACCUGCAGAAUGGCAGCAGGCAAGCAAAAGAAACGUAUAAUAAGGUCUACUAACUCAGAUCAAAACAGGACAUGGAAGAAGUCAAAAGUUGAGUCUUCUAAUUGCCAUAUAAGUUUGAAGUCUCAAAUUGCUCUUAAAUGGGAUGACUAUCAAAAGAGAGUGGUUCCCCAAAAGGAACAAGUUGGGAUUUUGUGGUCAGACUUGGCACCAUUCAUAGAUUCCAGACAGAAGCAUGAUUCAGGGCUGGCUGAUGUUACAUAUAUUCCUCCAGAGACAUUUUCCUUGGAGAACUUGAGAAGUGUGCUGUCCUAUAAGGUUUGGGAUACAUGUCUGACAGAAGCUGACAGAAAGUUUCUCAUACAGUUUCUUCCAACUGAGAUUGAUGCAGAAGAAAAUGUUCAUUUAUUGCUUAAAGGCCAAAAUUAUCACUUUGGAAAUCCUUCCCUCAGCUGGUCCUCCUCUCUUUGCUAUGGUGAUACUCACCCAGAUGCCUUACUUAAUAAGGAGAAGCAAAUUAGAGCUGACGAGAAGGCAUAUCGUGUUAACCUGAAUAACUACCAUUCCAACAUGGUUGAGUCCUUGAAGAAAUGGAAGAAGAGAUGGCUAAGUUCUGAUGAUCCAGAAAUAAUGUUCAGGGAUAAUAACCUUGCUAAACACAAGCAAGGAGAUACGCGACCAAAAGUUACCAGUAGUGAAAUGCCCUUGAAGGUUGCACAGAGUAGUGAUGUUUCGAAGUUUAUGUCAUAUAUUGAGAUCAGCAGAACACAGCACAACCUUGUUAAGAGCAUGAAGCAGUCUGGUGAUGGCAUUAAAACCAAGCAUCUUACUCGUGUAAUUGGUAACCUUGAUAAAUUCCAUGUAAAACCAUAUGGAACAUUAAUAGAUGAUGAACAGAGGAGACUGCGUGAACAUUGGUUGAACAUAUCCUGCAAUGAUAUACCUGCUGCUUUCGAGGUCCUUAAGAACAAUAGGGUGACAACAGAGAAACUGAGAAAUUUACUUGGUCUUGAGCUAGGCGAAAAGAAUGUAUCUAUCAUGAGAAAGGCAGACCAGUUAGCAGGCAUAACAAAAGAGCUUGGUCAACAUGGUGCCUGCGAAAAUGACGGCAGCACUGAUUUGCAGGAUGCUCUGGUAGAACAGUUGUCUGAAGAUAUGUUGCAAGGUGGUAAUGAUCAUUGCCCAUCUCGUCAAGAUUGUGAUGAUGAUGAAACCAAGCAUAUUGAAACAUCUGCUGACCAUCAUGAUAGUCAGGGUAGGGAGAACUCUGAUUUGCAAGCCCAAGAUUACAAGGGCACCAGCUGUGCAGAUAGAAGCAUUUCAUUCUGUGCCAGCAACGUAGAGGAGCAGAAUGAAGAUUUCGUGAAUACAAAAUUCAGUAAUGAUGGUCCAGAUGUUCAAGCUGAAGAUUUCAAAGAAAUAAGCUAUACAGAUACAACUAUUAUUGAUCAUAGCCCAGAGAGACGGCAGAUCAAGACUACCUGUUAUACAACCGCUCCCAUUGACACUCGUGAGAGCCAAAAUACACAAGCUCAAAGUCUUGAGGGCAUUACUUACACAGGGCCAUCAAUGCAUGCUCAUGAGCAAAAUCAGGGCCUGAAAGGCACCAGAUACAAAAUUAUGAUAGACAAAGGCCAUAGUGCAAAUGAUAUUUCUUUAGUAAACAGUUAUCCAGAGAUGAAUGAUGUAACUAUGGAUUCGAAAGAGGUUGAGAAUACUACAGUGAUACCAUCAAACAGUUCCACAUUGCUUUCCAACACCUCAGGGGGACAAAUUCCUGUGGAAGAACAUCUAAAUGGUCAAGCAGCAAAAGGUGUUAAAGAUUUAUGGGAGUUGCCUGAACCUGAUGAUUCCUAUUACCUUCCACUGGAGAAUAGUAGCGUGUAUAAUGGUUCAGGUGGCUUACAGAUUGGGCAUAGACAUCUCCCUGCUGGACAACAGGGUUCUGUAGUUUGCAUGGAGAAUGGUAUUUUAAGUCAGCAGCAGUCACAAGUCACCAUUGCGGCUGCCUUCCCAAUGGACAAUCCAGCGUCAUUUAUGCAACCUUGUUCAAACCGGCAAAGCAAUGGUCAGGUCCAGACAGUAGCAAAUGACAUUGGAAUGCUUCCUUACUCCCUUGAACAUACAGAUUGCAUUGGGCAGUCAACUGAUUUGCAUUCUUUGGACAACAACCGAUUCUCUCAGCCCACUCACUUUCCCAGUCCCUUGCAGGAGCAACAGUUGGUUGAUCAGAGCAACAGUGUCCUUUAUGAUGAACUUCACAAGAAUUUGUAUUCUGAUGUGAGUUUUCAAACUAAAGGAAACAAUUCUAUCCUUGAACAGCAUUCUUUCGCUUCUUCUGGUUCUAUGGAUCAUAGAUAUAACCGCUUCCCUCAGGAGCACCAGCCACAUGAUAAUUGGCCUGCAAUGGAGUCAAAUAACUGCUUGCCCCAGGCCUUUCCAGUUGGAAGCAGCAACACAGAUGGAAGCCUCUUCAGUGCUUUGGCCCAGUACAGACUACCGUCAUCGUCGCUACACAUGCAAUCUGGUAGGUCCAGCCCUAGCCAGCUCCUUGAAAUAAGGAACCAAGUUCCUAUGUCUGGAAGUUUUGUUCCUAGAACUCAAGGCACAAAUCUUCAAGCUCCUAGUAUAUAUGGUUACACCCAGAAUCUGCCCAGUAGUUCAAGCAGUCAUGUAGCAUCUGUAGGUUCUCUGAAUAACAUGCAGUGGACAAACCUGAUACAACAGAAUCCUGGAAUGCCCAACUUAACGAACAGGCAAUUUCGAGGUCCCUGGACCAGAUAAAUCCUGAGACUUUAGAAAUAGGUUGAUUUAGGUACAAUCGAGGUGCACAAUGAGAAGUCUAGGUAGGGCUGGAACAGAAUGAUUCUGGGCACCAACUAACAUAGUGUGGUUUUGAGCUGUUCUAACGUUGUGGCUUCAGAAUAUCUGUACAUACAUUUCUGCUAUGCCUGUAUGUAUAUAUCUGGGCGUGCUGGGAGUCUGAAAAGAGUUGGAAACUAAGGAUUCCCAUUUUUUGCAGUUGAUCCGUUUAUUUUGCCUCAAUAAUUUCAGUCCCAGAUUCCAUUUAGAGGCUGUCUCAAUAAUUUGUUUCAGGUCUUGGCCUCUCAGCAAAAUAAGGUUUCUCAGGGGAAUGUAGUAGUUUUCUUUAGUUGUGAACUUGUGCUUGAUAGGUAUCUUGUUGAUUCCUAAGAUGUAAUGACAUGAGGAUUCGAUUUUUAUUCACUCUAUUUGAAAUGAGUUCUCUAACUUAGCCAUA